AUGUUUCUGUCAGAGACCAAUCAAGGGGCCGCAGUGAUUGCGGGGAUGGACAUCGGGACCUCAAACAGUGGCUAUGCCUUCAUGUUCACCAGUGACCCCACCUCAAUCUACACAGCAAUGGGGGAGGAGAGGGAACCAACAUGUGUGCUCCUCAACCCAGAUAAGACUUUCAAUGCCUUUGGUAAACAGGCUCUUCAAAAGUACACAGAGUUAGAACCAGAGGAACAUCAGUCAUACUACUUCUUCCACCACUUCAAGAUGAAACUGUAUGAGAGUAAGAAUCUUACAAGAGAAACAACUCUCAAUGAUCAAACUGGAAAAGACAUAAAAGCAAUGGAUGUUUACAUAAUUGUCUUAAAGUAUUUCAAACGAAGAGUUAUGGAACAUGUUGGCCAAGUAAAAAGUGAUGAAACCAGUCAUGGAUUAUCUUCAAGGCAAAUUAUGUGGAUGUUAUCAAUACCUGCAAUAUGGACAGAUGCUGUUCGACAGUUCAUGCGAGAAGCUGCCAAAAAUGCUGAACUGGAAAAUCUCCGACUCGUCUUAGAACCAGAGGCUGGUGCUUUAUUUGCCAUUGAUAAGCAACUAAAUCUGAGAGAGGACAAGUCAUUAGAGAAGUUUCCAGUUGGACACAAGUACAUUUUAGCUGACCUUGGGGGAGGGACCAUUGACAUCUGUGUACAUGAAAUCCUUGAAAGAAGAACUCUUUGUGAACUGUACAGAGCAACAGGAGACUAUGCUGGCGGCUCCAGGGUGAACCAUGAGUUUGAACAGUUCUUUGUUAGAUUGUUUGGUUCUCUAGCAUUCGAUGUAUUCAGAAUUGAAUAUGCACAUGCUUACCAAGAAUUUAUCACUUUAAUUGAACGGAAAAAAUGCGCAUUUUCCCUCAGUACCGAUAAAGUAGUUUUUGUACUAGAUUAUGACUUUGUAACAUUAGCGGAAAAAGAUAAUGAUGAAACCAUUGAAGAAAUGAUAUCUGGUUCAAGAUAUAAAGACAAUGUGCAGUACCGUAAAACAGGGCGUCGUCUUACUCUGAACCAUUCUGUUGUGAAGGAGUUCUUCGACAGCUCUGUGGACAUUAUCACUGAAAAGGUGAAGGAGAUUCUGUCUGCCUGUUCCCUAGAUAACGUCACAAGUUUGUUGCUUGUUGGUGGUUUCUCUGAGUCAUCUUAUGUGAGAGAAAGAAUACAGAAAGAAUUUCCCCAACUGACUACAGUGAUAUUAGAAAAUGGGAGACUGGCAGUGAUGAAAGGGGCUGUAAUGAUGGGACUGAAGCCAAGAAACAUCAUUCAGAGGAGGGCAAGAUUCACAUAUGGUUUCAAAUAUAGUCCAAUGUUUAAAGAAGGAGAACAUCCAGAACAGUUUAAGUGCAACGUUGAUGGUGUGACCCGGUGUAAGGGUGUGUUUAAUAAGCUGAUAGAGCGGGGCCAGCUCUUGCAGCACCAGGAGGAGUUCUCCGAGAAAAUCUAUGACACUUUCAAUCAACCAGAGAUGAAACAAAUGCUAUGGCAAAUAUCACUGUGGCGGUCUUCCAGGCCUGACCCUAGAUACUGCUAUCGGGAGGAGGACAAAUGUGAAGCGGUUGGUAGGAUCACCAUGCAACCUCCUCCUGGGGGCUGGCCUGAUAUGGUACAUUGUGAAAUUAAGUUGAUAGUGGGGGAGACUGAGUUCACGUUGAAAGUGAUUAUAAAGGAGAUUGGUGCGGAAUAUGAAGCCAACAUUGACUUUCUGUAA